AUGCAUUUCACUGUGACCAAUCGGAUGGAGUCGUUUCCCAUGCCGUUCUACAUGGGCUGGCACCCCUACUUUGUCUGCACGGCCUACAAGACCUAUGUGGUGCUGGACAAGUGCACGACCUGGAACCACGUGGAGCUAAACACCAACAUGGACCCGACCGGUAUCACCAAGCUCUACCACGGUCUGAACGGCUCUCAACCCAUCGGUGGAACAGAGACAAACCCCACCUUCUUUGACGACGAGUUCAAGCCCGUUAGUCCCGACAGCCCCGAAUGUAACGUGAUUCAAACGAGGCUGUACGACGUGGACACCUCUCAGACGGCCGUUCUCUGGCAGGACAGCAGUUUCAGACUGGUCCACGUGUUUACGGGCUCAGAGAGUCUGUUCCACGAGGAUGCAAUUGCCGUGGAGCCAAUGUCGGGGAUGGCAGAUGCCUACAACAACCACGACCAUCUCUCUGUACUGAGUGGAGGAGAGACUUGGAGUGGCUCUUUCGGUGUCUACGUGGAAUGA